AUGCAGUGGCCUCCGCCGGAGAGGAGAUUGAUCUCUAUGGCUGCCUUAGCGAGCCAUCCGGACAAAGCAGCAGAGGAUGAACGCGAAGCUGCGGAGGUUAAAUUCAAGGCUGUAAAUCAAGCGUACGAAAUCCUUUACGACGAUGAGAAACGACAGAUCUACGAUAUCCAUGGCAUGUCUGCAUUUGACGGGUCGGGUCGCCCUGGCGCCGGAGGUCCCGAUCUGGACGAUAUAAUCAACUCCAUGUUUGGCAUGGGGAUGGGAGGUGGCAUGCCUGGUUUUGGCCCUGGAGGACCGGGAGGCCCUAGAAGGCCCCAGAAAGGCCCAAAUGAGGAGCAAACGUACACCGUGAGCCUAGAAGAUCUUUACAAAGGCCGAACCGUCAAGUUUGCCAGUACGAAGAACGUCAUUUGCAGUCUCUGCAAGGGUAGGGGUGGGAAGGAAAGGGCAACUCCCAAAAAGUGCUCAACAUGUGGCGGGCAGGGCCACAAAGAGACUCUUAUGCAAAUCGGUCCUGGACUGGUUACCCGAGCAAUGGCGGAAUGUAAAGUCUGCGAAGGUUCUGGGCAGUUUUACCAGACAAAAGACAAGUGCAAAAAAUGCAAAGGAAAGAGAGUCACAGAAGAACGGAAAUUAUUAGAAAUUUACAUUCCUCGCGGUGCAAAAGAGGGGGAAAGGAUAGUUCUGGAAGGCGAGGGAGAUCAAAUCCCGGACGUCGAACCCGGAGACAUCAUCUUCCAACUAGACGAAGCAGAGCAUGAGACUUUUAGGCGCUCAGGGGGAGACCUUCAUGCCGAUUUGGAUAUCACAUUGGCUGAAGCUCUUUGUGGAUUUUCAAGGGUAGUAUUAACACACUUGGAUGGCAGAGGAAUCGAGUUGGUCCAUCCAAAGAAACCCGGUGAUAUCCUACGGCCCGGACAGGUCUUGAAGAUCGCUGGUGAAGGCAUGCCCUUUAAGCGCAGCGAGGCUCGCGGCGACCUUUAUCUCACCGUCCAGAUCAAAUUUCCAGAAGAUGGCUGGGCGUCGAAUCCAGCGGUGCUUGAUAAGCUACGGGAUAUGCUCCCAGGCCCAGAACCACCCAUUGAAGCGGAGACGAUUGACGAAGUUGACUACGAUCCAAAAGCCACCAUGGAUGAUUUCGGCGCCAAAGAUGCCCAUGGCGGAUCAGCCUGGGAAGACGAAGAUGAAGAGGAAGGCGGGGCGCAAUGUGCAGCCCAGUGA